AUGGAUGUGGCACUGAGCCGCAAACGCUCGCGCCUGACUGUUGACGAGGACGAGGACGAGGUCCAGCGGAGGAGGGAGCCCUCGCCGGCUCUGCCGCCAUUGGGCGAUGCGCUGAAGAGGUCGAAGACGCAGUGCGAAUUGGAAGAGCUAGAUGUUAUAAGUCGGGAAGAAGCAUGGAGCGUGGAUGUGGAUGCGAUACUGGGUAGCAGUACGCUCGCGACUCCUGGGAAUGUUCAAGUCCAUUACGACCUGCUUUGCUCCGCUCUCCCAGACCUCUACGCGCUCUCGCCCUCUCUACAGCCCUUCGUCCUCUGCCACGACCCCUCGACACAUAGACUCCCUUCUUCCGCGCCCUUUUCGUUACCCCUGAUACAAGCCGCGACUCCCUCGAACAACCACUUCGUCCGCCUAGGCCUUCUACAUCCCCUUGGUGGAGGCAAGUUCCCAUUAGAUGCACUCGUGGUUUUGGAUAAGAAGGGCAGAAGGAGGCUAGUUCUACCAUUUGGCUGGGGUGCUGGCAAGCAUGCGGAUACACCUGCCGGACGGAGUAUACAGCUACGGUUGAUGGCAUUGCUGAGGAGCUGUGUCGCGAUGCUAGAACAGGAACAAUGA